AUGACAGGAAGGACGGGGCUGUUCAUCGUCCUUUUCGCACUCGUGAUUCUCUACGCCACGACCGCUGCAGACGACUGGGUACCCCCUGAACCGACUGCAGCGAUUGAAGUGAAUUUCACAAAUGCGUCCGUUCCUGAAGUCGUCACGGAAGCACCAGCGACAUUAGCACCAAUGACUGAAGUGACGCUCCCGCCAAUUCCCACGGCAGUGCCGGCAUCCCCGACCUUCCAGGCUGUAAACGAUGUUGUUUGCAAUGCCACGGUAGCUCAAAAGAUCUACGUCCUUUACAGUCAAAACCGCGCGCUCUUUGACCUCUGCGUCGUGGAUGCACAGUACCACAUUUUCCCCUUCCUCGGCAAGACACCUACGAGUGAACAAGUGGAAAACAUGGCUUCGUCCAUGUCCUGCAUCGCUCUCUUCUCUGGUGUAUUGCUAGCCAACUUUCCGGAAUGCACCAUCUCCGGGUUCCCACUGAAAGCUUCAACGGAGACGUUACUGAAAAUCCACGUCGACCUCGUCCAUGGGUGGGACCCACUUCCGACAGCAGAGCGGUUCCUUGAACUGGUGAUUUGGCGCAAAUGUGUGAAUCUUGCUAAAGAAGCAGGGGUACCGAGCGACUCGGAGUCAGCGAUAUGUGGCGAAUUUGAAAAGAAUCUCGACAUUAUUCGUCGUGACAGCCCGGUUCGGGUGCUGUCGAACUAUUUGAUUGAGUACCAGCUAUCCAAUGGUUCCUGGUACGGUGCCCAUGAGAUCAAUUACACUCAAGUUGGCGACAUGCGUCAAGGCAGUCGCGACGAUAUCGUUGGGAGAGUAUCAGCUGGUGACGCUGAACUCGAAGUUGGCGACAGCGAAGCAACAGAUGUGAGGAGGGAGUCGACGAUACCCGUUAGUUCCGCACUGGAGAGUAAAAAAGCUCGUGGAAUUGUGUCUACUCUAGCAAGCCUGCUGCUGGCUGUUUAUCUCCUUUUGCAGUUCUGCAGUUCCGUGUUGGCUGCGCGUGAGAAUCGAUAUGGCAAGCGACAUGACCCGUAUGUUGAACGGGCCAAGCUGACAGAAAGUGACGAAUUGGUUCAACAUCGAGUGUCGAAAGGUGGAAGUUAA